GUGAGGCCGGCAGCUGCACUCGGAAAAGGCCACGGCUCUUGACGGCAGGGAGCUGCGACGUCGUCUGCCGGCGACGUCAGAUCACUUGGGAAGAUGGCCGCCUUGUCUGUCGGCACUUCAAGGCACUAAGAGGGAAGCGGGGGAAACGAAUGAUUAACGGAAAAUGAAAACAAUCGAAUCAAAGGUGAUUAUCGCUUUAUGGAUUUUUGCCCUCGGGACGUCGCAAGUACUGGUCGAAGCAAGGCGUGCCCCCAAAGCAAUGCACACCGCACACCUUAAGGACAGUAAAAAGACUAAAACCUCGUAUUCUUCCAAUGUCUGCAAAACAAAAGCCUGCGAACACAGGGCCAAAUACAUCACGGCUGCCCUAAACAAGGACUACAAACCGUGCGAUAGUUUCUACGACCACGUUUGCAGCAACUGGAUGUUCUACAACCCGAUUCCUGACGACAAGAGCACCGCCAGCGUCCUGGAAGGACUCGACGACAAGUUGACGGAAGACCUCAAAGGAAUAUUUGAGAAUACGACGUACAAGAUCGAGGACCAAAACGCAACUGACAAAGUCCUAGGCUCUUACAAGAACUGCAUGAACACAUCGAUUCCCGAGGCCACCCAGUUCUACGCCUUGAUAGACGUGCUGAAGCGGGUCGGCGGAGAGUACUGGCCCGUCUGGCCACCGCCAAAGUCACGAGAGGUUCUGCCCACGUGGGACCAGCUCUACACCAAGAUUCACAACGAGUUUGCCGUCAACUUGCUCUUCAUUGUAGGGGUAAACAAGGACCCCAAGAACGUAUCCAACAAAAUCAUCAGCAUAGAGCGGCCAUCAGCUGGUUCCGAUCUGUACUUGUUCAAUAAACGAAGCGUGGGAAAAAAGAAGAAGCCAAUAGGUGCGAGAGACUUGGCUUAUCUCACGCUGAUGGCGUCGUGCAUUAAGGCCUUUAACCCAAAGCUACCAUACAAGAAGGUCAAAGAGGUAAUACUGGACAUACUGUGGUUCGAGUCCAACAUGACCAAGAUACUGGAAGCGGCAGAAAACAAAACAGGAAGCGAUCUUAACUUUUUCAGAAUGACCAUUGCAGAUCUAAGAAACGUCUCUGAACAUGUGAACUGGCUGCAGAUGCUGCAACGCCUCUUUGAUAGCGUGAACGUGACACUGACAGCGGAAGAGCCGGUAGUGCUCAAUGAACUGUACUACUUCAGAACCCUUGUUGACUACAUAAUGAAGAACACAUCCAGACAUACGACUUACAACUACAUGAUAUGGCGCCUUAUCAGAAACUUUGGGCCCAUGGCGCUGCCAAAGAUGCGGCAGCUCUCCUUCAAGAUUACCCAGGUCGAGCGCGGCGUCAAGAGAGACAUUCCUCUGUCGACGAGAUGCGUCUACUACAUCAGCGACGUCAUGGACUUUCCAGCUGGGAGGCUUUACGUCGAGCGAUACUUCAGCAAAGAGGCAAAGAAGGACAUUCUUAAUCUCGUCAACGAACUGAAAGAAGCAUUCGGUAAAAGCAUCAGGAGAACUAAAUGGAUGGACGGAUCUACAAAAACACAUGCUCUUAAAAAACUGGAAACCAUGGUCACGCACGUUGGAUACUCGGAUGACCUUCUCAACGACACCUACCUAAACAACAUGUUCAAAGAGGUCAUUGAUGCCAAGCCGGGGCAGCCCUUCAUUCUCAAUUACGUUUCAUUUCGAAAACAAUGGGCCAAGAUAAACUUGAUGACACUGCACAAGCCUUACAGCAGAGAAGAAUGGUCGUCAGGCCCUGCUGUCGUGAACGCUUAUUAUUACCCGCUGGUCAAUGGUAUAACUUUCCCUGCCGGAAUUUUGCGACCACCAGUGUUCGAGUACGGGGUUCCCAUGUAUAUAAACAUGGGAGGAAUCGGAGCCGUUAUUGGACACGAAGUCACGCACGCGUUCGACAACACCGGAAGCCAGUUCGACAGUGACGGUAACAUGAGAAACUGGUGGACGAACAAGACCAGAGAAAAAUUCCUGGAAAAGACGAAGUGCUUCAACGAGCAAUACGGCAACAUUACAGACGAGAGACUCAAAGUAAAGCUUGACGGCAAGAGAACCGUGGGAGAAAACACAGCGGACAAUGGAGGAAUUCAUCAAGCAUACCACGCCUACCGAGCUUGGGCAAAGAAGCACAAAGUGAAAUCCUUGCCUGGACUCCAGAACUUCACCGCCGACCAGAUGUUUUUUAUCUCGGUGGCCCUGACAUGGUGCAACAACCCUCGACCGAAACGUCUUCAGCAACAAAUACACUCCGACGUUCACGCGCCGUCCAGAUACAGAGUAAACGUGCCCUUGAGCAACAUGGAGGAGUUCUCUAAGGCGUUCAAAUGUCCCAAAGAUUCUCCAAUGUACAGCAAAAGAAAAUGCGUACUAUGGUGAGCCCAAAAAAUACGGAUCAAAGCAAUGGGCACGGAAAUCCUCAUAACGUGACCACAUUGCCCCCAGAAGCGCCAUGCAGCAUCCACUAACCAGGUCGGCGCACAAAGACCAGAGUUGCUGGAUGAAUAAACGCGUUUCUGUUAUUGUUUUUUU